AGCUACGGCCGGCUCAAAGGCCACGGUUCAAAGCUACAGACCAUUCUGCUCCGCGCACUUUGGGUGAUGUACUUCGACUUUGACUGGAAAGAUGCUCCGCUGUCGUCGCGGACCGUGCCUGUCAUCACAGGUGUGCUUUACUUGCUGAUGGUCUUCAUUCUUCCGCGCUUUGUGCCGCCUGGUGGCUACAAACUGGACAAGGUGAUGGUGGCUCACAACUUUGUGUUGAGCGGCCUAUCCUUGGUCAUGUGCUUGGGCUGUGCCUUUGAGAUGAUUCGAAGAAUCCAGAACGACAAUGACGCAGAGUGGAUGUUUUGUGAGAAUCCGGCCACUCCGGCCCACGGCUCGCUUUACUUCUGGUCCUAUGCGUUCUACAUUAGCAAGUACUACGAGCUGGUAGACACAUUGCUCGCAAUUCUGCGAGCAUCCAGGCCGCCGCACUUUGGUUUGCAUGUCUACCACCACGCGCUGGUUCCGGUGAUGGUCUGGAACUGGCUCGAAUACCGGAUGAACCUCCAACACGUAGGACUCCUUUGGAACACCUUUGUUCACGUGGUGAUGUACGCCUACUAUGCCCUGAAGGUGUUGAAGAUCCCCACGCCAUGGAAGAAGUGGGUGACGCGCUUGCAGAUCCUGCAAUUCCUGACCAGUGUGGCCAUGGCUCCGGUGGCCAUGAAGUACAUGUGGGAGGCACCAUUUGGAAGUAGGUGUGCUGGGCAGCGUACUAUGUGGGUCAACCUUGCCUUCAACAUCACACUGCUUUGGCAGUUUGUCGGAGUCCUCUUUACCCCUGCACGAGAAGAGGCUCUGAAAAAGACUACUUGAUGCGACUCACAAGUUCGCACUCGCAAUGGUCAUUGCCCAGCUAAUUCAGCUGUCAGUUUUCCAGCGACCCGUAACUGCGCUGAGGAGCGCUCCUCAUAGCGCAGGUUUCAGGUCAAGCUCGUCUUGCGGCGACGUUUCACAGCACGUUGACAAGCGUCACUUGCUCGUGCUUUCGCGUGUACUCUUUUUUUGCGCCCUACAUGUCUCACAACCCCUGCUAGAGGAUUGUCUAGCAGAAGAGCAGGCGAACUUGCUCGCUUGUGAUUGUGUGGUGUACUGUGCUAGGAGUGCGUCGGCAUCUCGAUGCGCUCUGCACUAGCCAAUGCAGGUAGGCUGGGCCACUCUUUGAGUGGUGUCUAUUCUAUACACUUGUACACGAUACGCGAGAA